AUGGUUACGCGCUACGCCAAGAAGCGUACUUCAUUUAUGAGCGCGUCGUACACCGCGAUACCCAAGCUCGUGCCCUGCUGCAGCUGCAGCCGCCGCCUGCGGCGGUGGCUCCCCCGGCUGUGGUGCCGCGUGGCCCCGGGCGGCGGCAGCGGCGCCGGCGGCGAGAUUUGUCGUACGAUGCUGACCCAGAUCACCAAUGGACCCAACUUGAUUACCAGUAGGGUUCCAGGCUGGGGCGACGGCGGCGGGCCAGCGCGCGGCGGCAGCAGCACCGCCGCCGCCGCCGUCUCCUGCGGUUUCGGGGCCGUGCCCGACAGACCGGGGACCGCCGCCAGUGUAGCCCAUAGACGCUGA